UGUAACCAAAGAGGGAACUCCCAGAGAUGAGUCCUUGGCUAUCUCAUGUGUUGAUGCAUCAGAAGGGCUUGAAGAAAGCCUGGCUUGUUGCUUGCGCUGUAAUUACGCACUGGAACCCUGUGCUUCAGAGUUUCCCCGGCUGCUGGGGCUGCAGCUGGGAUGGAAUUUGCUUUCCCUGAUGUGUGACUUGGCCUGUGGAAGUCUAUUUUGUCCCUGGAGAGCUGGAGACUGACCACAGCUGGAUGUGGGUGGAGAGUCCUCGACCUUUUGCCCAUCCAGCCUUCUCCAAGGUGAUGACUCCUGCCUCCUGAGACGUUGGAAAACCUAGUUUGGAAGAAGAGUAACGAUACAGUUGAUGCUGAACUACGUGAGUCCUCAGAGCCGAGGAUGAAGCGGCGAGCAUCAGACAGAGGAGCUGGGGAAACAUCCGCUAAAGCAAAGGCUCUGUGCGCGGGGAUUUCUGGGAAUAACGCCAAGAGAGCAGGUCCUUUCAUCCUGGGUCCACGUUUAGGUAACUCCCCUGUGCCAAGUAUUGUUCAGUGUUUGGCAAGAAAGGAUGGGACAGAUGACUUUUAUCAGCUGAAGAUUCUCACCUUAGAAGAAAGAGGUGAUAAAGGAAUAGAAACCCAGGAGGAGCGACAGGGCAAGAUGCUGCUGCACACGGAGUAUUCUCUUCUCUCCCUGCUCCACAACCAGGAAGGAGUGGUCCAUCAUCACGGGCUCUUCCAGGACCGAGCUUGUGAAAUCAUAGAAGAUCUGGAAGCCAACAGGAUGGUCAGAAAGAUGAAGAAGCGCAUUUGCCUGGUGUUGGACUGCCUCUGUGCUCAUGAUUUCAGUGACAAAACAGCAGAUCUGAUCAAUCUGCAGCAUUACGUCAUUAAAGAGAAGAGACUCAGCGAGAGGGAGACCGUGGUGAUAUUUUAUGAUGUGGUACGAGUGGUAGAAGCAUUACACAAGAAAAAUAUUGUGCACAGAGACUUGAAACUAGGAAACAUGGUGCUAAACAAAAGGACUCACCGGAUCACCAUCACCAACUUCUGCCUGGGGAAGCACCUGGUGAGCGAGGACGACCUGCUGAAGGACCAGCGUGGGAGCCCUGCCUAUAUCAGCCCAGACGUGCUCAGCGGCCGGCCGUACCGCGGGAAGCCCAGCGACAUGUGGGCGUUGGGGGUGGUGCUGUUCACCAUGCUCUAUGGCCAGUUCCCCUUCUACGACAGCAUACCUCAGGAGCUCUUCCGCAAAAUCAAGGCUGCCGAGUACACCAUCCCUGAGGAUGGCCGGGUCUCAGAAAACACUGUGUGCUUGAUCCGGAAACUGCUGGUCCUGGACCCGCAGCAGCGGCUGACAGCAUCUGAAGUGCUGGAUUCCCUCAGCUCCAUCAUAACGUCCUGGCAGUCCAUGUCCUCGCUGAGUGGCCCUUUGCAAGUGGUGCCGGACAUAGAUGACCAAGUGGCUAAUCCUGAAAACCCCCAGGAGGUGAAGGUGACAGAGGAGUGCUCCCAGUACGAGUUCGAGAACUACAUGAGGCAGCAGCUGCUCUUGGCUGAGGAGAAGAACACCUUGCAUGAGGCCAAGAGCUUCCUGCAGAAGCGGCAGUUCGGGAACAUCCCGCCCGUGCGGCGCCUGGGCCACGACGCGCAGCCCAUGAACCCCUUGGACGCGGCCAUCCUGGCCCAGAGGUACCUGCGGAAGUAGCUUCCCCUGCCCCACGAGCACGAGCACCACCCUGCAGCCUGCCCUCACCUGCCCGCUCCAGCCUACAGCAAUACCGCUGUCCCACGACGGGGAAUAAUGUAGCAAUCCCAAGCUCUGUCCAGGGACAUGCACUCACACCUGCUCCGGAGGGAGAAGACUUUUGGAAAAGCUAAGUUUUGGAAGCAGCAAACCUCUUGGCAUCUUCUGGAAUCUGUUUUUUAAAAUCGAAGCCUAGAUGACUAAUCUGCUUUUAAUCAUGACUGUAAUCUACCUCUCUUGUCUUUUUAACCAUGCUGUUCUCUGGAUCGAGCAAAGCCCAUGGGAAAGGAGGAGA